AAUAUAUCUAAGAUACCCCAAAUGUCGAACCAAAGCGAGGGUGACACUUAUGAGCAGCUCGGUCUUUACAAGGCGAGUAUCCUCAUCUGGAAGAUAGUGCCACCUAUACUCAUCUUGCUGGGAACCAUCGGAAACAGUCUCUCGAUCCUGGUCCUCACUCGUCGCUCCAUCCGCGUCUCCACUACGGCACUUGUGUUGACAGUCCUGGCGUGUUCGGACUUAUUAGUAUUGUAUUCAGGUCCCCUAAGGCAGUGGUUGGUAUUUUUGUUCAAAACAGAUGUUCGACAUGUCAGCGAAGCGGGAUGUAAGAUUAACAUGUGGCUGGUGUAUAGUUCUCUGGAUUUUUCCGCCUGGAUUCUUAUCAUUGUGACGUUGGAACGAAUGGUUUCUGCUUGGCUGCCGCAUCGUGCUAAGACCGUAUGUACACAAAGAAAUGCCGUUGUCUUUCUAAUAGCAGUAGGCGUGUUCAUAUUGGCUAUAAAUUCGCAUAUGUUAUACGGCAUGGUGUUCAAAAUCGACGAAAACACGAAUAAAAUUGUUAUGUGCAUAGAAAUCGAUCAAAGCUACAAGGAUUUUUUUAACAAGGUUUGGCCGUGGAUUGACUUAUGCAUGUUCUGCGCGAUCCCCUUUUCAGUAAUAGUGAUAGGAAACGCGUUGAUAGCGUUCAAAGUAUUACAAAGUAAGAAGAAAAGUAAAUCGACUGUUGCACCUGCGCAGCCAUCGCGAUCACGUGACCCGCAACAGGGAACUCGUAAUGGAAAACAAUCCUCUAUGACAGCAAUGCUCUUCACGCUAAAUACCGUUUUCCUUGUGAGCACUUCGCCAGUAAGUAUAUAUAACAUCGGGUAUGCGGACUGGAUCGAGGGCGCAGAUAAUGCUACACUGGCGGGCCUUGAAUUCUGGUGGGCAGUUGUUAAUAUGUUUAUGUAUACUAACAAUUCCAUAAACUUCUUUCUAUAUUGUCUCAGUGGAACCAAAUUCAGAAAGGAAGUUAUUCGUCUGGUUAUUUGUUGUAAAAGUUCCCGAGUGAACGACUCAAAUCGGGCACAAAGCAAUUACACGAGAACUCGAUUCGACAAUCCAUCACAAAACCCGGAAGAAACCCCUUGUCAUUCGCAAAAAAUACAGCACGGAAACGCUGGAAAUAGAACAAAUCUCGAAUUACGUCACAACGGGAAUACCAGUCCCAAUCAUCUGCACCCGAAUACAGCGUUUCAGCUGGACAACAUGUAG